GCAUCUCUUAUAUAUUCUAUGGCGACGCCUCUAUCAUGGCCAGUCAACAACAUAUCACACAGGCAUCGUCUGGGCCUAAUAACUACUACUGCUACAACAACAAUUGUAAAGAUCUUGAGUCUUCGCCUACAUGACAUCCGAUAUCCCCAUUGGCCAGCGCCAAGUGCCAAACAUGUCUUCACUUACCUCUCAAUCUGAUUUCCACAAUGCUGCAGCAUCAUGCGAUCUCGUGUCGCCAUUCACUGCAUGGGAACUUCCCACAGACAACACAGCGUUCAGCUUCGACCAAUUGAUGCUUCUGGAGACAAACCCGGCAGACUUCAACCUUACCCUGGGUGCAUCCUUACAUCCUAUCAUUGAGACAAACAACCCACACUCGCCAACUACAGUUCCAAUGAAGGUUUCCGGCAGCCAGAUCAGAUUCAAUAACCCCAGCACAGUCUCAAGAGAGACAAAUAUUUACCGCUCCCCCUCGCCAACCGCCAUCUACCAGCUCUCGCCCGCCCAGCAACCACAGCACUACGUUGAUUCGUCCAAUCACGCGGGCCUACCCAGCACAAGCCACAAUCUAUAUCCCACACAGCGCUCACUACGCAACGUGCCCGCCGAUGAGUCGACCUGGAGCGACACGCCUUCCUCACAAGACUCGUCAGAGGAGCGUCUACUAGAAAAACGGCGGCGAAAUAAAUUAGCUGCGCAGAGGUUACGGCAGAAGAGGCAGGCUCAAAUGUCGAUUCUCGAGUCGAGACUAGAACAAGUGACGAAAGAACGCGAUGAGUUACGAUUGCGGCUGGCGAAGUGGGAAGGAGAAGUGAUGGCAUUAAGGAAACUGACUGAACAUAAGAUGGGAAGUUUAUGAUUGAUUUCUCCCUCUGUCAUGACUGUAUAUAUAUUAAUUAGUUAGAUGAUACCACCAUAGCUGCAGUUGCGAGUUCGAAACGUCGAACACUGAUUUAAUCUCUGAUUUUUUAUCAACUUAA